GUCGCCCCAAUUUAGCCAUGGCAGUGGCAGCCCGGAAAGGGAGAGGGACGGGGCCCCCGCUCCCCCACACCCCCCCAUCACCACCACGGCUCAGCCGGGCUUCCUGGGCGGCUGGCUUGGCCGGAUCCCACUACCCAAAUGGGCACUCAUCGCUAUUGCUGUGGCAGUGGCUGUCCUCCUCCUCCUCUUCCUCAUCUGCAUCAUCAGGUGCUGCUGUGGCAAGAAGAAACCCAAGAAGAAGGAGAGAGUCAGCUUGCACGCUAUCAGCAGCUCCACCACGGCCAGCCUCGUCCAGCCUGAGAUGGACGACCUGGAGCAGGGCACGGAGCAGACGGGGCGAGGAAAGCUGCAGUACUCCCUGGAGUACAACUUCCGCGCGCAGGAGCUGAAAGUUGGUGUGAAGCAGGCAGCUGAGCUGAAGGCCAUGGACAGCGGAGGCACAUCCGAUCCAUACGUGAUCGUCUACCUAACGUCCGAUAUGAAGAAGAGGUAUGAGACCAAGGUUUACCGCAAGACCUUGAACCCUGUCUUCAAUGAGAACUUCACUUUCCAGGUACCCCAGGCGGAGAUGCCUGAAUCCACUCUGGUGAUGCAAAUCUAUGACUUCAACCGCUUUACCAAGCACGACAUCAUCGGUGAGGUCCGGCUGCCCCUGGCCAGUGUCAGCCUGCAGCACGUCAUUGAGCAGUGGAGUGACCUGGUGGCAGCCAGUAAAGUGGAGGAAGAGCAGCUGGGUGAGAUCUGCUUCUCGCUGCGCUACGUCCCCAGCACCGGCAAGCUGACGGUGCUCAUCCUGGAAGCUAAGAAGCUGAAGCGGAUGGAUUCCCACGGGCUCUCAGAUCCUUUUGUCAAGGUGCAUCUCAUCCUGAACAGGAAGAAAUGGAAGAAGAAGAAGACAAGCGUGAAGAAAAACACCUUAAGCCCUUACUUCAACGAGGUGUUUGUUUUUGAGGUGCCUUUCAGUCAGAUCCAGCAUGUGGACGUGGUCAUCUCCGUCUGGGAUCAUGACAAAGUGACCAAGAACGAACCCAUCGGCAAACUUUUCCUGGGCUGCCGAGCCACAGGCAACCAGCUGCGGCACUGGUCCGACAUGCUCUCCAACCCACGCCGGCCCCUUGCCCAGUGGCACAGCCUGCAGCCCCCAGAUGUUGUCGACAAAGCCCUGGGGCUGAAGUCCCACCUCAAGCUGCCCCUGCCCCCCAGAUAGUGGAGGGUCUC